UCCGCCGCCCGCCUCCCCCCGCGCAUGGCGGUGAGCGCGGCAGCCCCCGGCUCCGCACGUAAGUAACGGCCCCGCCGCGCCUUUGUGCGCGGGCCCGCCGCAGGUGAGGCGGUCCCCGCCGCGCGCCUUGGUCCGGGGCUGCACCGGUCGUCCGGCGCUCUCGGCCGGGCCCUUACCGGGGACUGGGGGGAGGCCGGUCAGAGCGGCCGCGGCCCGGCCCGGGGGCCCGGCUCAUCGGAGCCCCGGGGCCGGGGGAGGUGCUCGGGGGCCGGGCCGGGCCGUGGCGGAGCCUCAGGGCUGCGCUCUGCCCCGCGCAGGUGGCGGUGCGGGCGAGGCUCGCGGUGACUCCCCCGGGCCGGGGCGGCGGCGGGCGCUGAGACCUCGGACCGGAUGGAAACUGGGGGCGAUGCCAGAGCGGCACCUCGGCGGGGCGGCAGAGGCGGCGGCCGUGGCGGGGUUCCAGCGACCGCCGAGCCCGGCGUUCCCCCGGCUGCGGAGACCGGCGUGAACAUGGAUGGGCCCGGCGGCGGGGCGAGCGGGGCAGCCGCGGACACGGACACUGCCGCAAUGCCUGGAGCCCCCGGGGCCCCCACCCCGCCGCCCCGCGGCCCCGGCUCCAAGGACCCCAAGCUGGUCCAUCAGCGGUUCCUGCGGCGGAGCGUGGUGGACUCGGACCAGGAGGAGCCCGCCUUCGACCUGCCCGAGGCGGAGCACCAGCGGAGAAUCAUCCUGCUCCCCAAAACCAGGAGGAUAAUCGCGGAGCGGGCCAAGGUGGGGCAGGGGUCGGCGGAGGCGGCGGGCCGAGAGGCCGAGUGCUCUGGAGAGCCGCGGGCAACGCCGCCCUCGGGCAGCGCCGCAGGCGCCGAGGAACAGAAGGAGCUAGGCAAGGAUGCGGAGCGGAGAGAGGCGCAGGAUGUUGCCAAGGACCAGGGCAAGGCUAAGAAAGAGGAGCCCGAGGAGGAAGCUGACAUGAAAGCCGUUGCCACCUCGCCGGAUGGCAGGUUCCUAAAGUUUGAUAUUGAGCUCGGGCGGGGAUCCUUCAAAACGGUCUACAAGGGUCUGGACACGGAGACGUGGGUGGAAGUCGCGUGGUGUGAACUGCAGGACAGAAAACUCACAAAAGUAGAGAGGCAGAGAUUUAAAGAAGAAGCAGAAAUGUUGAAAGGUCUCCAGCACCCAAACAUCGUGAGAUUUUAUGACUUCUGGGAAUCCUGUGCAAAAGGCAAAAGAUGCAUCGUUCUGGUUACUGAGUUGAUGACCUCUGGAACGCUGAAGACGUAUCUGAAGAGAUUUAAAGUGAUGAAACCUAAAGUCUUGCGGAGUUGGUGUCGGCAAAUCCUGAAGGGUCUUCUUUUCUUGCACACAAGAACUCCACCAAUAAUUCACAGAGACUUGAAAUGUGACAAUAUUUUUAUUACUGGACCAACUGGAUCUGUGAAAAUAGGAGACUUGGGUCUGGCAACACUCAAGAGAGCUUCGUUUGCCAAAAGUGUAAUAGGUACACCAGAAUUCAUGGCCCCAGAAAUGUACGAGGARCACUAUGAUGAAUCUGUGGAUGUCUACGCGUUUGGAAUGUGCAUGCUGGAAAUGGCUACCUCAGAAUACCCUUACUCAGAAUGCCAGAAUGCUGCUCAAAUCUACCGAAAAGUAACCUGUGGUAUAAAGCCAGCAAGCUUUGAGAAAGUUACUGAUCCUGAAAUUAAGGAGAUAAUUGGGGAGUGCAUCUGCAAAAACAAAGAAGAAAGGUACGAAAUUAAAGAUUUAUUAAGCCAUGCCUUUUUUGCUGAAGAUACUGGGGUAAGAGUGGAACUUGCAGAAGAAGACCAUGGUAGGAAAUCCUCUAUUGCCUUAAGACUCUGGGUAGAAGAUCCUAAGAAACUGAAAGGAAAACCCAAAGAUAAUGGAGCCAUUGAGUUUACUUUUGAUCUGGAGAAGGAAACUCCUGAUGAUGUUGCACAAGAAAUGAUUGACUCGGGAUUUUUUCAUGAGAACGAUCUCAAGAUAGUGGCGAAGUCCAUCCGUGACCGGGUAGCGCUGAUCCUCUGGAGGAGRGAGCGCAUCUGGCCGAGGAUGCAGUCAGAGGAGCGGCGCGACUCCGAGUGCCUGGAGAAGUUGAAGGCGCCGCAGGCACAGCAGGUCCAGGUCACCUACCUUUCCCACACCGGGCACCACAUCCUGUCAGAGCCAGAGGAGCCGGAGGCCGACCAGCACCCUUUCCAGCAGAACCUGCCCACCAGUGUCACCUCCGUCGCAUCUGACAGCACGUUUGACAGCGGCCAGGGCUCCACUGUUUAUUCCGACUCCCAAAGCAGCCAGCAGAGUGUCAUCUACUCGUCGCUGCCGGAGGCGGUGCCUCCUGCCAUCCAGCGGGUCUACAGCCCCCCCCUGAGCGAGAGCCAGCCCGGGCCCCACAGCCUGCCGCAGCUCAGCCACUACCAGCAGCCCUCUGCACCCGUGCUGCCCGCAGUGCCAGCAACGCCUGCCGUGGUGCCCCAGCACUACCAGGAGCCAGCCAUGCCGUUCCCUGUUGUCCCCAGCACCGUCGCCUCACUGCCGCUGGGACAGCCACCGCCGCCUGUGCUGGCCGGCCAGCAGCAGCAGCCCAUCUCGCAGCCUGCCUCUCUGCAGCAGGUGCUCGCCAGCCAGCCCGUGUGCCCAAUGCCACCRGCCCCGCACCUGCUGCCGCAGUUCCCAGCGCAGGGCUCGCAGGUGGCCGCCAGCAGCACCCCUCUGAAGCCCCUGCAGAUCUCCACCGUGCCGCAGCUGCCGCCCGUGGCCCCUUCCCAGAUUCCUCAGUUUCCUGUCAUUCCUGCAAUUACUCCUCUGGCAGGGCUUGACAGCCUUCCUCCAAACCUCUCUGACAUACCUGCUGCAAAUGUGCCCCCCAUUCCUGCUCCUUCUCAGUACUUUGCCCCAGCCGUGAUCCUACCCAGCCUGCCCAUGAACCCCACCCUGCCCAUGGCGCCCAACUCGCCUGCCCUGCCCAUGCAGGCCGUCAACCUGCCUCACACCACCGUGGCUUCUCUGGUCUUGCCCUGCCAACCCAUAGUGCCAAACAUGCCGGCCGCCACCAUCCCGCUGCUCGCCGUGGCACCGCCAGGGGUGCCCACACUGCCGCCGCACCCUGGGGUGCCGCCGCUGCCGCAGCAGCCCGUGUUCCAGAGCACCUUCCAGCAGAUGCUGCCGAGCGACGCACCCUCACCACACCACACGCAGAACACCCAGGCCGUGUCCCAGCCRCAGCAGCCGCCUCCUCCUCCUUCGGCGCUGCAGCCGAGCAUAAUCCAUCCUCCUGAGCAGGCUCUGGCUGCACCUGGGGCCGCUCACCAGCCCAUGCCUGGACACACUCAGUUUGCUUUGGAAGCUGGAGCCCAGGUGCCUGUGCUGCCGGUGCAGCCCUCGAUAGUCAUGUCACCGCCUUUGCAGCUGCAGCCGGAACUUGUGCCGCCCUGCGUCGCUCCUGAAGGUGUUCCCCAAGUCCAUGGCAGCCUUGCCACAGCUGCCCCGCCUGUCCCCAUAGACCCUGGCUUGCCUCUCCAGCCCUCUGCUCUGCUGCAGCUCCAGCCUGAUCUUUCCCAGCCACUGGGCCAGCAGCUCCCAGCUCCCUGCUCAGCUGUCUUGGCAGGCGCAGAGACAUCUCAAGAGGAGCAGGCAAUACAAGACAAACUCCAAGCUCUGUCCCAGAGUUGCGAAAGCUACAUGAGUCCAGACGUUGCUUCUGGUAAAGARAUGAGUGACAGCUUUGAAGGACUGGUAGGAAGUGGAAAGCAAGAAGGAAAGUCUUCAAAGAAGCAUAAGAAAUCCACACGUGCUCGUUCGCGCCAGGAGAAGUCCAACAGACCCAAACUGACCAUAUUAAAUGUGUGUAACACAGGUGAUAAGAUGGUGGAGUGCCAGCUUGAAACCCAUAACCACAAAAUGGUGACGUUCAAGUUUGACUUGGAUGGUGAUGCGCCAGAGGAAAUCGCUACUUACAUGGUAGAGAAUGAAUUCAUCUUGCAGAGUGAAAAAGAGACUUUUAUUGAGCAAAUGAAGGAUAUCAUUGAUAAAGCAGARGAUAUGCUCAGUGAGGAUACAGAGGGAGAGCGAAGUUCUGACCAGGCAGCAAGUCCCCAACAAGAUGCUGAUAGACUGGAAAUGAGUGAGGAAAAGCGUCAGUCUCAAAUGAAGGCUCCUGUGUAUCAGCAAAAUGUUUUGCAUACUGGAAAGAGGUGGUUUAUUAUAUGUCCAGUGGUGGAAAACCCUACUACGGAUGCCCCUGAGUUUUCUCCCCCAGUACCUCCCAGUGCGCAGCAGGCGGAAGGGCCAGACCUGGAGCAGUCGGAUGAACAGCCAGUGAGCUCUGCGGUGACAGAGGUGCCUGGGGUYGGGGCUGGCCAGCCGCUUCCCCUGCACACAGGGGUCUGUGACAGCCCCCUUGGAGCCGCCCUAUCCUUGGCACCUGCUCCUGCUGCAGCAGCUCCUGCCAGCCUACCGAGCCAGACGGAGUUCCCAGCCCCAGUACCGCUGGGAUCCGCCCCAAACAUCCCGGAGUCGGCAGCGGCCAGCGGGGCUCAGCCCAGCGGGGCUCAGCCAGAGCUCCCUCAGCCCGGCGCCCCGGCCGCUCGAGCCGCGGGCCCGGAGGAGCCGCCCGACGCCGCGGGCCCGGCGCUGGGGCCGCAGCCGCAGGGGCAGGCGGAUGAUCCCUCGUGUUCGCCCGACGUGGAGCUGGCCUGCUGCAGCGUGGGGCCGCAGCAGGCGCUGCCCUCAGUGCCUGUCCCGCUGGCCGCGCUGCCGGACGCCGUGGUGCUGGAGCGGCAGCCGGCACCGCAGGGGCCGCACCUGCCAGAGGGCAGUCAGCCCGCCUCGGAGCCACACGCCCUCGGCAGCCAGCCCUUCACCGCCCCCGUUGGCCCCGAAGUCCUGGGCUUGGCAGGCUCCCAGCUCCAGAGCCCUACGCAGGUGCCGCUGGCCAUGUCCCAACAGCCGCCGCCGGCCCCGCAGCCGGUGRCCGGCCCCGGGGCGGGAGUUGGCCUGCUCCAGCAGCAGAACCCCCCCGGCACCGCCGAGUCCGAUGGGGAGGGACCCCCCAGGGUGGACUUUGUGGACAACACGAUUAAAAGCCUCGAUGAGAAGCUGCGCAAUUUGCUGUACCAGGAAUAUGUUCCGACUUCUGCGUCGGCAGGGACGCCGGACACCUCUGUGCCCCCYGAACAGGGCGAGAGUGAAUUUACCUUACCACCUUUUCCUGAAGAGCAAGCUCCUGCCCUGGCCUUGGAUGGACGAGAGCCARGCUAUAGCAUUCCGGACACAGCCCAGGAGGUGAAAGCUGCUGCCGAGCCACUGGUACCCCUUGUGCCCUCRGAGGUCUUGCCCUGCCCACCACUGUCGGAGGUCCCUGGUGUCGGUGCUCAUCCCUCAGAGACAAGAGAUCCAGCUGCAAGCAUCASUUCAGCUCCUGCUGCUCCAGCAAAAGGCUUCCUUCAGGUUGCACCUACAUCAUCAAGCAUAACGCCACAGAUGGAGACUUCCCAGAGGAGCGAGGAGGCAGAGAGGACARCUUUGCCCGUGCACACAGAGAGUGUGACGCGGCGAUCGACAGCAGAUGGGGUGAUGAGUAACUUGCACAGGGAUGGCUCUCUAGACUCUGGUGCCUAUGGAAAACAGGCUGAGGCUCGGGAGAGCGGCACACCAGCCAAAACCAUUGGCAGGUUUUCAGUCAUCAGCACGCAGGAUGAAUUGACUCUARUGGCACCGCACUGCUUGAGGUUCUCAGCACCCCCAGACGUCUACCUGAACGAGCUGCCCUCCAGCCCGGACAUGAAGGCUGCUGUCCGCAGGGUUCAAACGGCCUCUUCCGUCGAUGUCCUCUGCGACCAAGUGUCGAGUGACUCUGCUGAUGAGCACCUCCCCCGGCAGCCGGCUGCUGCUGCCCAGUUCUCCCCUGCCAGCGGCAGCACAGCCACGGACUUAAUUAAAAAAGCAGCUGCUUUUCUGCAGAGGUCUGGCAAAGGCGGCUCGCCCAGCCCGGAGUCGCCCAACGGGCAAGGUGCGAAGAUUCCUACCAUCAACAUAACAUCCUUCCACUCGCAGUCGUCCUACAUGAGCAGUGACAAUGACUCAGAGUUUGAAGAUGCUGAUAUGAAGAAAGAAUUGCAGAACCUGAGAGAAAAGCAUAUGAAAGAAAUUGCUGAGCUCCAGACACAGCAAAAGAAUGAGAUCGAGGCGCUAUAUAUGCGGCUGGGGAAACCCCUUCCUCCCAACCUGGGCUUCCUUCACUCUGCUCCACCGAGUGGCCGGCGCCGAAGAACCGGCAAAAACAAAUUAAAAGCUGGAAAGCUCUUAAACCCUCUGGUCCAGCAGCUCAGGAGUGGAACAUCAAGCACAAGUAAUCUUUCAGACUCUAAAGACUCGCCCCACAAAGAAACAAGUAAAUUGCAGCUGGGCUCCCCCGAAGCAGCCGCAGUGCCUCCCGCCACAGCCCCUACCUUUGGGAAGGCUGUGCAGACCCAGCAGCCCUGCUCUGUCAAAGCCUCUCUGUCCUCUGACAUCUGCUCCGGCCUGGGCCCCGACGGAGGUGACGCCAACACAAGCUCUGGCCAAGGCUGGACGGUUUUCCACCAAACGUCUGAGAGAGUGACCUAUAAAUCUAGUAGCAAACCUCGUACCAGAUUCCUCAGUGGACCUGUGUCUUUGUCCAUCUGGUCCACCUUGAAACGACUAUGUCUAGGCAAAGAUCACAGUAGUAGAUCCUCAACCAACAGCCUGGUGACGUGUCCUGAGCCCCUCCCACAGUCGACGCUGCAGGUUCAGGCCAACAACAGUAACAACAAGAAAGGGACGUUCACAGAUGACCUGCACAAGCUGGUGGACCAGUGGACGAGCAAAACUGUUGGAGCUGCACAGACAAAACCUUCUUUAAACCAACUGAAGCAGAACCAAAAAAGGCAAGACAUGGAGCCAAAGGCUAACCCCAUGCAAACGCAGAAUGAGACMUGUGGAGUAAAUUCAGUAAGGACAGGACUGGGGAGCAAGUGCGCCGUUCCGGUGGCUUGCCCCRUGCCCACGGGAUUAGCUCCUGGAGCUGCACCAUCCCUGCCAGUGCCUCUGCCAGGGCCCGCCCUGGCGGGCGCGGUGACACCAUAUGUGAUGCCUCUCUGUCAGUACGGAGCAGUUUUCCCUUCGCCCGUGUAUGGAGUGCCGUGGCCGGGGCCGGUGGCACAGCCGGGGCUGGUCCGAGCUCCCGGCAUCGUGCGCUUCUCGCCUCUGGGCAGGAGCUGCCUGCGGAUGUACCCGGUGCCGCUGCAGCGCCCGGCCACUCGGCCGCCCGGCCCGCGGCUGCGCAUGACCUAGCGCCGGUGCCUUGCCCUGGGCAUCCUGCCAGGGGUCACCUUGACAUGGGUGACCCUGUCAGUGGGUGCGUCGCCUUGCUGUGAGUGAGCGCGCUGUGGGUGACGCUGCCGCAGGUCCCGGUGAUGCUGACGCUGUCMAAGUGCUGUUUGCUCUGUAGAUCCGUGCGGGGUGAGGCGGGUCCCGGGCACAGCCAUGCCCUGCAGCAGCAAGCACUAUCAGGCGGCUCCACACCCGAGCGUUGGUCCUUACGGCAAUAUCUGCUUCUUUCCAUUGCUGAAGACACUUUAUUCCUUGUGUUGUGUUUCAGACUUGCGAUCCUUAAUGUCAAUGUACUUGAAUUGAUAAUUAGAAAUUGUACUAACCCUCCAGGAGUUCAGUGCCUUGAAUCUCAGCUUUCCAGUCCCAGCUGGAAAGAGAUGUACAAUUAUUUGAAAGGUGUAUUUUAUUUACAAUCCAUCGCGAGUUGAAGUUAUUUUUAUUUGCAAAGAUAUCGCAGGUUCCUCAUCAGCUUCAUUCUGCUGUAAAUGCUUUUGUUUUUAUUCACAGGUUGAAUUUUCAUUUCUGAGGCUUUUAAAAAUGAGAAUUGUGAGGUGAGGUUUGUUUGACAUGUUUGUUUGACACACUGAUCGUAAAAUUGUUGGUGUUUGUACAAGGAGUAGUGAAGUGCACAUUGUAACGCAGGAGCUUUUACAGAGUGAUCCAAGGAAGUGUAUACAAGGACAGGGAAUAGCUUCAGGCAGUGCAAUCUGUUCUCCUCCUCAGCCUGUGGUAAAAUCAUUGUAGAUGGCAACUUUAUUCUGUAACAGGCAGCAAAUUCUGUUUUCCUCUGGGUCAGCAGCACGUUGGAUUUGAUUUCAUUUCCCUAUCUGGGCUUUUAUAAUUUAGUUAAAUUACAAGUUCAUGCAUGUUCCAUAAAUGAAGAAAUCUAAUAGAACUCUUGAUCACAGGAGAAUGUGUCUCCAGGUGGCUGUGAGACCUGUGUGAGCAGGGCACGCACACGAGUUCUGGCUCUGGUCGGGCCACUGAGAUUGAGGGUGAUGUUUGAUCCCUGGUGUGCCAGCAGUGUUCAUGCUAAAACAGAAUAAAAAUGUGAAGCUGUUCUUUUUCAUAUCUGACACUUCAGGUUUGGAGUCUCACCACCUUUUGUUUGGAAUUAUUUAUUUAUUUGUUUGUUUGUUUAUUUAUUUAAUUUUAUUUUUACCAAAGUUUGCGCUCCAGGUGGCAUGGACACCUCKCUCCUUGAAAGUUGCUUUUUGCCCAUUUUACUGUGCAUUGAGUCUCCACCUGCACCUCAGUCUAAAGGCACAAGGUAACCACUAAAGCUGKUUUGCUUAUGGUAAGUCUCCUUCCCUCCCAGAGUGCUAUGGGCAGCAUUACAGGCACAGGACGUGGAGCGUGGCCACACCCAAAGGCGCCUCCACCACGUUUUAUAUCCUGAAGGGCAGAGCCGUCCUGUGCUGCCAAGCUGUGAAUUGUAUAGCUCUGUUGUACUUUGAGCAUUAUACCUGUCUAAAUUAUUUUGUUUGUACCCUUUGAAUAUAUUAUUCCAUCAAUUCAGUUAGAAUUGAAUUUUAUAGAAAUUAUGCAGAGUCUUCUGCCUGGGCAAAAUACUUACUGUAGUAAGAGAUUUCUGUUCUCUGUACCAUGUAUCUUUAAUUUGUUUGGGUUUUUUAGAUUCAUGUCUGUAUGCUUCAUGAGCAAACAUGGAAAAUAYGUUCUCACAUCGGGUUCCCUUUGGCUCGCACUGAAUCCUACAGUUACGUCGCUACUGCCUGUAUAGUCCAUUCCUUGUAUACUGACAAAGUCAGUGGCACUAAAAGCCCCAAGAAAUUGUAUAGAUUCAAAAGAAAAAUAAACAUUUUGUGCUUGAAAAUGGUGUGAAAAACCCAGUGUU